AUGACCUGGCGACUGUGUCUCUGGUGCUUCUGCGCUUGGGUGGCCGCCGGCUGGCCACCAGGCAGCGCCCUUCAGCUCCGGCCGGGCAUGCCAAAUGUUUGCGAAGAACAGCAACUGACUGUGGUGGGACUGCCACAUCCACAUGUCCGAGCGUUCACACACACCAUCAAGAUCUGGAAACAGGGCUGCGCCAGCCCCCGGUGGUGUGUGGGCUAUGAAAGAAGCACCCGGUACUACACCAUCUACAGACAGGCAUACAGCAUGGAGCAGCAGACCAUCUACAGAUGCUGCCCUGGUUGGAGCCGGCAGGACAAUGAACCUGGCUGCCUACGCUCUGCCUCUGCAGUGGGAACUUGUUUCCAUGGGAAGAGGUGCUCAGAGGGUGAAGCCCAGCGGUGCCAGUGUUCCAAGGGUUUUCAGGGACCCUGCUGUCAAUAUGAGAAAGAGAGACAUCUCUUUGCUUCUUUGACAUAAAACUUUGUACAAAGAAAUGUCGAUGAAUGUGCCGUGGUGAAUGGAGGCUGCCAGCAGCGCUGUAUUAAUACUCUGGGCACCUUCCACUGUGAAUGUGAUACGGGAUACAGACUCCAUGCUGAUGAACGCACCUGCAUAAAGAUGGACCCCUGCACGGGUGGAAAUGGAUGUGCCCACAUCUGUCAGAGUGAGAAUGGUGUGGCCAGGUGUGCCUGUCACCCAGGGUACCAGCUGUCUGAAGACAAAAAGGCCUGUGCAGAUGUAAACGAGUGUGCAGAAGGGCUUGCUUCUUGCAGCCACCGCUGUGUGAACACAGUGGGAUCUUUCACUUGUGCCUGCCACCCUGGUUUUGAGCUGGGAGCUGAUGGAAAACAGUGUUACAGGAUUGAAUUGGAAAUUGUCAAUAGCUGUGAGAAGAACAAUGGUGGUUGUUCCCAUCACUGUGAACAUGCAGUUGGUGGGCCCCGUUGCUCCUGUAACCAUGGACACCAGCUUGAUUCAGAUGAGAAAACAUGCAUAGACCUUGAUGAAUGCGAGAAUGGAGAAGCCUGCUGUACCCAGCUCUGCAUCAACUAUUUAGGAGGCUAUGAGUGCAGUUGUCGGGAUGGCUUUCGGAUCAGUUCUGAUGGUUGUGAAUGUGAUGCUUUAGAUGAUGUUGAGCUAGAGGAAGAAGAAGAGGAAUUAGACAUUAUGAGGUUUCCAGGUCUUCUAUUCAAGAGCCCGCCUCAACUCCUGCAUCACAUGGCCACCUCUCUGCCUGUCACCCACGAAGAUGAAGCAAAUGAGGAGGAAGAGGCAAAAGAUAUUCGAGGAGAACUGACUGCUUUGCACAGAGUUGUCUGUUUAGAUCAUACCUUCGGACACGAUUGCAGUUUGAGCUGCAAGGACUGCAUGAAUGGAGGCAGGUGCCUGGAAGGAAAGAGUGGAUGCUCCUGCCCAGCUGGCUGGGGAGGCAUUCUCUGUAAUGAAACUCAUUCCCCGGAGACCAGUGGGAAAGAGUAUGAUGGCAUCUGUGAUUGUCAGAAUGGAGGCACCUGUGAUUCUCUGACUGGGCAGUGCCAGUGCCCCCCAGGGGUUCAUGGGAAAACCUGUGAGGACGCAUGCCCAAAAGGAUUCUUUGGGAAGAAUUGCAAAAGGAAAUGUAACUGUGCCAACAAUGGCCAUUGCCACAGGGUGUAUGGUGCCUGUGAGUGUGAACCAGGGCGCUAUGGGAGGUUUUGUCAUCUGAACUGUCCCAAGGGGGCCUACGGAGCUGGCUGCUCUUCAGAAUGUCAGUGUGUGGAGGAGAACACCCUGGAAUGCAGUGCCAAAAAUGGCAGUUGCACCUGUAAAUCUGGUUUCCAAGGCAACAGAUGUCAGAAAGCAUGCCCUGAUGGCUUCUGGGGACCAGAGUGCCAAUUCUCCUGUGGACCCUGUGAGAAUGGAGGUCAGUGCAACAAAAAAACUGGAAACUGCGACUGUCUUCCUGGUUACACGGGAAAAGCCUGUACCAUACUUUGUCCACCAGGCACAUACGGGAAGGACUGUAAACAGGUAUGUCAGUGUGCAGCUGAGAAUGAGGAGUGUCACCCAGUCACAGGGAGAUGUACCUGUCUGCCUGGCUACCAUGGAAACCGCUGUCAUCUCCGAUGCCAAAAAGGCACUUAUGGUCCUUACUGCCAAAGAAAGUGUAAAUGCCUGAACGGUGGCAGCUGUGACACCAUGAUUGGCACCUGUGACUGCCCUCCUGGCUUCAUUGGGGCUGACUGCAGUCAAACUUGUCCUGAAGAUCACUACGGGCAGGACUGUGUCCAGCAGUGUUCCUGUGGCUCAGGACAGUGUGACCCGGUGACUGGAGGGUGCCAGUGUCCACCUGGCCAAAUGGGAGCCAGGUGUCAGCAAGGAUGUCCCCCAACAAGGUACGGCCCAAAUUGUGAGCUAAAAUGUACUUGUAAAAAUGGUGGCCUUUGCAAUCCUGUGGAUGGAAGCUGCACCUGUGCCCUUGGCUGGACAGGAGAUUCUUGUGAAAAAGCCAAUUCUUACGGCGGGCAGAGUGGAGGAUGCAGGGCCCUGGCCAGAGCCAGUUCACAUCAGGAGUGUGCCCAGCUGCAAGGGGUGAAGUGGAGGACUCUGGGAGCAGAGGUCUCCAAACAGCAACUCAUCAGAAGAAAUUUAAUCAUGUACCACCAAUGUUUUCCUGGUUAUUAUGGUCCGGGCUGCCAUCUUAAUUGCACGUGUCAGAACAAUGGAGUUUGCAGCAGGUUUUCUGGAAGCUGUGAGUGCCUCCCAGGUUACUAUGGAAGAGACUGUGAACAUGCAUGCCUUCCUGGAUUUUAUGGUUUGAAUUGUGUUCACAUCUGUGACUGCAAAAAUGGAGCCAGUUGUGAUGCAGUGAGUGGACAGUGCAUUUGCCCAGCAGGUUUCCAUGGCAGCCAAUGUGAAAAAGAGUGUUCACCUGGAAUGUUUGGAGACAAUUGCCAUCAAUUUUGUGAUUGUGAAAGAGAAAGCUCCUGCCACCCAGUAACUGGAAAAUGCCUCUGCCCACCUGGAAGAACCGGAGCCAGAUGUGAUGCUGCAAAACCCUAUGAGAUUGUUGUUAUUCCUAUUCCCAUUUGA